CUGGGUUUUAGGAAUUAGGUUCUACGGUCAAAAUGGGCGAGUUACGGGGUUCUGCAAUUUUCCCUGUUGUUCUCUUGGGUUUGUUCUUGAACUCGGCUCUGUUGUGCAAUGGAGGAAUCACUAGUAGUUUUGUUAGGAUGGUUGAGAAAUCCUCUGAUAUGCCACUCGACAGCGAUGUGUUUCGCGUGCCUUCUGGUUAUAAUGCUCCACAGCAGGUACAUUUAACUCAAGGGGAUCAUGAAGGGAAAGGAAUGAUCGUCUCCUGGGUCACUCAGGAUGAGCCAGGUUCCAAUACUGUGCUGUACUGGGCUGAGAAUAGCACACAUAAGUCCCAUGCAAAGGGAAAAGUUACCACCUAUAAGUAUUACAAUUACACUUCAGGCUACAUCCACCAUUGUACUAUCAAGAACUUGGAGUUUGACACUAAAUACUAUUACGAGGUAGGGAUGGAAAAGACCAAAAGGCAGUUUUGGUUUAGAACUCCUCCUCAAGUUGGUCCUGAUGUUCCUUAUACUUUUGGUCUCAUAGGGGAUCUUGGUCAGAGCUAUGAUUCAAAUAGGACACUCACCCAUUAUGAAAUGAACCCAACAAAAGGGCAGACAGUAUUAUUUGUUGGUGAUCUCUCCUAUGCAGAUAACUAUCCCUUUCAUGACAAUGUUAGGUGGGAUACAUGGGGCAGAUUUGUUGAAAGAAGUACUGCUUAUCAACCUUGGAUAUGGACUGCAGGGAAUCACGAACUUGAUUUUCAACCAGAUAUUGGUGAAACUGUACCUUUUAAGCCUUACACUCGACGUUAUCAUGUGCCAUAUAAAGCAUCAAACAGUACAGCUCCAUUGUGGUACUCUAUCAAGCGAGCUUCAGCAUACAUCAUUGUCCUUUCUUCAUACUCGGCAUAUGGAAAAUAUACUCCUCAAUACAAAUGGCUUGAAGAGGAGCUACCCAAAGUGAAUAGGAGUGAGACACCAUGGUUAAUUGUCCUUGUACAUUCACCAUGGUAUAACAGCUACAACUAUCACUUUAUGGAAGGGGAAACCAUGAGAGUAAUGUUUGAACCAUGGUUGGUGAAAUACAAAGUUGAUGUUGUAUUUUCUGGCCAUGUUCAUGCCUAUGAAAGAUCUGAACGUGUAUCAAACAUUGCAUACAAUGUAGUAAAUGGAAUAUGUACACCAGUAAGUGAUAAAUCCGCACCUGUAUACAUAACCAUUGGCGAUGGAGGAAAUUUGGAAGGAUUGGCAAACAACAUGACAGAGCCACAGCCAAAGUAUUCUGCUUAUCGCGAAGCCAGUUUUGGUCAUGCUACUUUUGAUAUUAAGAACAGGACUCAUGCUUACUACGGCUGGCACCGUAAUCAAGAUGGAUAUGCUGUAGAAGCUGAUUCUUUAUGGUUUUACAAUAGAUAUUGGAAUCCUGUGGAUGAAGCCACCACUAAAUCAUGAUUAAAGAGUUUAUGUUUCACUUUAA